AUGAAAUGUAAUAUAUUAAUUGUUGGUGCCAGUGGUUUUUUAGGGAACUAUGCCAUUAAUUUUUUGUUAGGAAAAGGUUAUAAUAGUAAUAGUAUAAUUGCUUUAGUUAGAGAUGAAUCCAAAGUACAACAUUUUAAAAAUAGGGGUGUUACAAUAAGAAAAGCAGAUUAUAAUGACCCAAAUUCAUUGACAUCUUCUUUUAUAGAUAUUAAAAAAAUAUUAUUUAUUUCAUCUAAUGAUUUACAUUACAGAAAAACCCACCAUUUAAACAUUGUUAAUGCUGCAAAAAAAUCCAAUGUUAAAUUUAUUGCAUACACCAGUUUUAUUAGGAAACACAAUUCAUUUGAAAUACCAUCUCAUAUUGAUUUUAUUAAAGAGACACAUAUCGGCACUGAAAAAUUAUUAAAAGAAUCAGGUAUACCACACACAAUUUUGGUUAAUGGUCUUUAUUGUGAAGGUAUAACAAAUUUUUUCUUCAAUCCAUUAGAAACAGUAAUAAACACCGGUGUACUAUCUUUUCCUGCUGGUAAUGGUUUAAUUAACUAUACAACCAGAGAAGAUUUAGCUGAAGCAGCUGUAAAUGUAGUUUUAAAUAGUGAUGACUAUAUUGGAAAAACCCUAUAUCUUAAUUCAAAAGAAACACACACUCUUCAUGAUGUGGCAGAUAUACUAUGUGAAAUUACGGGUAAAAAAAUUCAAUAUAUCAGCCCAACUGCUGAAUCCUACAAACAAGAUCUAAUGAAUUUGGGUAAAGAAGAUGGUUUUAUAAGCUUUUCAUUAGCUUUUGCAUUGGCCAUGGGAGAUAAUGAAUUUUAUUCAUGCAAAUCUGAUCUAUUAACUGUUUUAAAGAGAAACCCAACAUCAUUAAAAGAAUUCCUAUCACUUUAUAUUAAACAAAACUAUGAAAAACAAAUAAAUUAA